AUGAGCUUUGUACAUUGGUUUGUACUUAUAAUUAUAACGAGUUUUACUCUUAGUCAAGCAUCAACUAUAAUCUAUCUUGAAAAUUGUACAUAUUCAAUAGAAAUCUAUAAACAAUAUUUAAAUCUUCUUUGGUCAUCAAAUGAUUCUCAUACAUUACAUAUUCAAGCUGUUUAUUCUUUAUCAUUAAAUAAUUCAUUUAUACCUGGACAUAUUUAUACAUAUUUAUCUCAACCUGUUGCUUUAAUACCAUUUUUUAUUCAAUGUAAAUAUCCAAAAAAUAUUUAUUCAAAAUCUUAUUUACCAUUUACACAAUGUUCAUCAACAAUAACAAAUUUUUUAACAAAAAAAAAUUAUGAAUCAACACGAACAUAUUUAAAUUUAAAAACAAUUUUAUCAAUGACUAAUGUUCCAUUACUUUAUACAGGUGAAUAUAAUCUUUUAUUAUCAAAUUGUUCAUUUCGAUUCAAUACAAAUAUAUAUCAAUUAAAACCAAAUGAUUUAUUUAAAUUUCAUAUUGAAUAUGAAAAUUCAAUAAAUAAUAAUAUAACAUCAUGUAAUAAAUGUAAUAGACGUACAUCAAUAUGUUAUGAAAAAAAAUGUUUAUGUCGUUCAGGUA